AUGGCAUCAAUGAAGUAUGCAUUACUUUUCAUUGCAAUACUGGGUAUCAUAUUCGGGACAUUGGGUGCAAUGGAGGACUUCGAGAGAAAUCUGAUAGGACCGAACUUCUCUUACGGCAGAGAAUUGAAUAACGAUUUACAGUCCGCAAGGCUAAUGUUAUUACCACCAUGCCUGUGCCAUCCUAAACGCAACUCUGAACUGAUAAACUCGCUACUGGGCUUACCGAAAAACAUGAACAACGCUGGAAAGUAA